AUGGAGAAUGUGAAUGCAGGAUACAUCAAGCGUUCCAAUGGAGAGAGAUGUGACCAUCGUGGAUCCUCUGCGGAGCCUCAACAACAUCAUGAAGCUGAUGAGGCAGAGAAGAGUCUCUCCACAUCAGGACACCUCAAGAAACACCAUCAGAGAUCCACAGGAAAGAAACCUCACUGCUGCUCUGACUGUGGGAAACGUUUCAAAUCUUCAUCAGAAUUGAAAAAACACCAGCGAUUACACACAGGAGAGAAGCCUUAUAGCUGUAAUCAAUGUGGGAAGAGUUUUACUCAGUCAAGCCACCUUGUAUCACACAAGAGAACACACACAGGAGAGAAGCCUUAUAGCUGUGAUCAGUGUGGCAAGAGUUUUACUCAGUCAAGUAGCCUGGUAUCACACCAGAGAACACACACAGGAGAGCAGCCAUAUAGCUGUGAUCAGUGUGGCAAGGGUUUUACUCUGUCAACCAACCUGGUAUCGCACCAGAGAACACACACAGGACAUCAGCCAUAUAGCUGUGAUGUAUGUGCGGAUAGUUUUACUACAUCAAGCCAGCUGGUAGUACACCAGCGAGUACACACAGGAGAGAAACCAUAUAGCUGUAAUCAGUGUGGGAAGAGUUUUACUCAGUCAAACAGCCUGAAAUCACACCAGAGAACACACACAGGAGAGAAGCCUUAUAGCUGUGAUCAAUGUGACAAGAGAUACUCUCAUUCAAGUGGUCUGAUUAAACAUCAGAAAAUGCAUGCAGGAGAUCCACGGAGUGUGGAAUGAUCUCCAACACCAGACCUCGGUAGUAGAACAUGUUGGAGAUUAUCCAGUCAUCUGAUGAUUCUCAGUACCUAUACUGUUCUCUUUGAAGUAGAAAGAAUAAUCAAUAUAAGUUUAAAUAUUAGACAUGUGUAAGCAGAAUGAAGGCUGAAGCCCAUGUGAGUGUAGAAAGCUGGAUCAACUUAGAAUUGACCAUUGGACAUGUAAAAAACAGAACAUAAACAUAAUCUGUGUAGAUGAGGCAAGGUAAACCAACAAGACGUGUCUGGUCUGGUCUGGGCCAUGUCUGAUCUUGUGAAGGCUACUGGACACACACAUGGGUUAAUCAUACAUAGACAACAUCGGCCUGAACUUGUGAAGACCUUUGGACAGGAACAUUAGCUAAUCAGUGAUAGGCAACAGUAGGAGUAUGCAUGUCACGCCACCAAUAGAAUCUAUGCCCCAAUGUCUGAGCCAAUAAGAGAAUGGAAACUAAGUAAGACAACAAGAUUCAUAAAGUGGAGUGACGUUAUGUAAGGGUAAGACUGUAUAAAAACCAAGCACUAAGAAUGAAGAGUCAUUUGUUCCAUGGAAUUGCUCGGCUUCUGUUGCUUUUGUAAUAAAGUCUAAUUGAAUUUACAA